AUGCACAUUCUGCUUUAGAUUAUUACAAUGAAGUGUUUAUUCCUGCAUGGAGUAUUUUUUGUCUCUCUGUUAUCGUCAGCAGCAAUUACACAUGCAGUGAGGUCCAUUAGGUCUGUGUCUGAACCUGUGGACUGCCAGUGGGGACCCUGGUCCUCUGAAAGCUGGUCAGUCUGCGACGGCUGCUCCAAAACACAGACACAGAUCCGCUCCAUUGCAGUCUACUCUCAGUUUGGCGGCCAGCCUUGCACUGGAAGCUCAACCCGCACACAAUCCUGUAUAUCGACUCAGGUCUGUCCCCUCGAGGAGGGCUGUGGAGAACGGUUCAGAUGCCAGUCUGGUAAAUGUAUCAGCCAGUCUCUGGUAUGCAAUGGAGAUCAUGACUGUGAAGAUGGCUCAGAUGAGCAGAAAUGUGACAGUAAAGAGAUCUGUGACCUGCAAAAACCUCCACCAAAUGUAGAGCUCACUGGUCAAGAGUUUGAUGCCGUGGGGAGAAAGGCAAGAGGAACUGUUAUCAACACUAUAAGAGCUUUGGAGGUCUGUGUAGAAAGGACCUUCAGUGGAGACCAUAUGGACCUAUACAGACUUCCCCAAAGUGUCCUCAGAUACUCUUUCCAGGUCACAGCAAAAAGUGAUUUUACAGAUGAAUCCUAUAGCAGCUCCUGGCACUACAUCAGUCACAUAGAAAAACAUUCAAAAACAAGAGGCACAGAUUACGGGCAUGAUGAUUAUGUCUUCCAUGAUGAGCUGUUUCAGUCACAGUCCAAAAAUCUGCUGAUCAUGAAGAGUGAUGUGGAUGUUGCCCAGUUCCAGAACCAGGCCCCAGAAUAUCUUCCACUUUCAGAAGAGUUUUGGAAAGCUCUGCUCUCCUUGCCUGUUGCAUACGAUUAUGCGGCCUACUACAAUGUGCUGGAGAGAUUUGGGACCCACUAUAUUUCAGAGGGCACUCUUGGGGGCCAGUUUAGAUUAUUCAUGGCGGCCAGCCAAGAUGUCAUGCAUAAAUUGCAAACUGUGCAAAGAGACUAUAAACAUUGUGUCAAAACGUCCCAUUCAAUCCUGUUCAUCAUCAGAUGGACCACAGAAAAGUGCAGUGAACAAAAUUAUAACAAUGUCGUAAAAUUUUACCAAAGCAUACCAAAAAAUGAUAUGUCCACAAAUAUUAUUGGCGGAGCUCCUGGAUUUAUUGCACAAUUGUCAAUGUUAGACAAAAACACAUCCCUGGAGAAUGGCAGGAUGUUCUCCCAGUGGUCGGGUUCAAUAAAGGACUUUCCAAAAGUCGUCAAAAUGAAGCUCAGACCUCUCUAUGAGCUGGUGAAAGAGGUCCCGUGUGCAGGGGUGAAAAAGCAUCACUUAAAGCGCGCAAUUGAGACUUACCUAAACGAGAAACACCCAUGCCACUGCAGAGAGUGCCAGAACAACGGCCUGCGUGUGCUUGAUAAUGAUAUCAGUAAGUGUGUGUGUAAACCAGGCACCAAAGGCCAGGCGUGCGAGCAGGGGACACCACAAGAUGAACAACCAGGAGUGAUCCAUGGAGACUGGGCUUGUUGGUCUUCAUGGAGCACCUGCAAGGAAGGACAGAAAAGCCGGAGCCGCUCCUGCAGUCGUCCCGCCCCUUCGGGUGGCAGGAACUGUAUUGGGAAUGCUGUGGAGAUGACAGCCUGUGAUGAUGCAGAGGAAUUAGAUUACUUACGUACAAUGGAGCCUCACUGCUUUGAUGAUUCAGUCACACCCAGGAAGAGUUGUAAAACACCGCCCUUCCUAGCUAAUGGGUUUGUUUUGUACCCCAAAGAUGCAUAUCCAGUGGGCAGUAAGAUUGAGUAUACAUGUAUUGAAGGCUAUCAUUUGAUUGGAAAUCCUAUAGCAGAAUGCCAAGAAAAUCUAGACUGGUUGCGAUAUCAAAUAGAGUGCAAAAAAACAUUGUGUGAUCCACCUCAGCUUCCUCCAGAUGUCACCGGAAGCCCGUGGAAGCUUGCCUAUAACAUCGGUGAAGCUGUCUCACUCUCCUGUCCUGAAGGGAAUGUCAAAGAGGGUCCGGCUGAGAUCCAGUGCAAUGCUGGCCUUUCCUGGUCACCGCAACCAAAAGAAACCAGGUGUCUCACAGUUUUUCAGCCGACCACUGUGCCAGUGCAAUGCCAGCCAUGGGAAAAUCUGGCAAAGGACAAAUGUGUCUGUAAAGUACCCCACGAGUGCAAAUCUUCCUUGGAGAUAUGCGCCACUGAUGUGAAGCGCGGUCGGACGCAGAGACUGAGUCUGUGUAAAGUACAGGCUAUGCGCUGUCUGGGACACCAGUACACCCUUGCUGAAGACAGUGACUGCCAGUGGCCACAACGCUCAUCCACUGCUUGCCCACUCUGUACCAUCUGGGAGAGUUGUGAUGAGCAAACGAACAGCUGCCGUUGCAAGACAAUUGAGGAAUGCUCAUCCUUGGACGCUUGGAUCCAUGUGUGUGUGCAGCAGGAAGGAGCGUCUGCACCAGUGACAAUGACAGAAUGUGAGGCGGGCGUGAGGAAAUGCAGCGGAGAGACUGUCCGCAUUGUCAGCGUUCAACCUUGUCAGUCAUAAGCUUAGAGGCUCAAUAACUAAUUAAAUAGUGUAACCAUAUUAUAUGUUGAACUGCCUUCCUGUUCCUGCCUUCGUUUUUAAAACGCCAUGAAUAUGCUUUAAAAAAAACAAAGAUGGCUUGUCAAGUGAAGUUUUCUUUCUUGUGUUGACAUUUUCUGUUAAAACAGGAUGUUUGGACAGGACAAAAGAAUAGAGCGCAGCAGUGAUGCAUUUUUGUACGCCAGCCUGUAAGUUAGCAUCACACUGGUUCCCUCGACAAGAUUUUUCCAUUGGCUUUUUUGGAUAAUUGCAGAAAAUAAGCUCUAUGACCAACUAAAGUUUAUGAUUCUUAUGUUUUGUUCAUCAUGAUCUUUACAAAAGAACACAACUUGAAUAAAAACUGAUUUUUGAAUAAAAACAAAUACAAAUCUCCACAAUCAAAAAGGUAAAUGUAGGCUAUGAACAAACACAGAUGCAUGACUUCAACGUCACCACCGUUAAGCUUCAAUCAGUCUUUAUUUAAAAACAUUUUCCCUGAAAGUUUGUUAUAAUAGUUUGCAAGAGUGCGAUUAUAAACAAUGAGGCUGUGAAAGCUGACUAUAGUGAGUAGAUGAGUUUUCCUGUGGUACACAUACCUUUCAAAAGAGACCAAAACCAUGCAUAUAUUCCAAAUGGUUCAAGAACAAUAAGCAGUUUACUUUGGGUAUGCCUUUUAAGGGGUUUUACAGAAAUGUUAAGGGGUUAAUGUCCCCCACAACCUCUGUAGUCCCAUUUAGCCACUGGUUAGCAAUAGCCUUUUUCAAGACAAAUAAAAGCUUUGAAAAAUCACAA